CGCGAGAAGAGAUGUGGACGUAUAUCGCGCAAAGGUACCGGCUAUAGCAAAGCGAGUAUCCCUGGUAUCGAAAGUCAGGAAGAACUGUCCAUCUACCACUUGGUUCCGAGUGCAAGACUGUCAUGGCGUAGUCCAAGAACUUACACAGCCAACUUUCCGCCACUGCCACGCAAUUCUCAAGAGUCUCACCAAGCACCUUCCGCCUUGAAUCACUUAUACAUAAGAACUGUCGAUCCUCGCGACGAACAUCAUUCCAGUAAUCAAAGGCAUAUCUAUCUCCAAUAUGGCAUACACAACACGCGAAGAACUCGACAAGUUCGAUCCUCAACAUGCCGGCCGCUACGAUCCUGGCGAGAUCCAGGUCUUUUUCGACAACAGGACUUUCGGCGGCUUCGAGGACAAGAUGCCAACAUGGCAGAAGUACAAGUUACAAGCACUUUCGCGAUUAGGUAGAGCAGAUGUCUGGAGUGUCACAGAUCUGCCAGGCGGCUAUCUCAGAAUUGUCUUCUUCACACAUACCGGCACUCAAGGCCAAAAAGACUUCCCUCUCCACAAAUGGGAAGCCGUCAAGGAAAUGUUCGACUCUCUCUCAGAAGAGGGCUUCAGACCUUACAUCAUCGGCUACUCAAAUGAGAAUCCUUUCCCCAUGCUCGGCGGUGUUGAGCCUGAGCAACCAAAACAGAAACCAGCCAAAGCACCAAAGGUUGCCAAGACAUGGUCGAACUUUGCGGCUGGUCAUAGCAAGGCCCAGGGUGAGACGCCGCACGAUCGGGUCAUGGCGAUCAUCAAGGACGAUGAGGAGAAGGAGGCCAAAUUGAGAGAAAUUCAGAUCCGAGAGUGGACAGACGAGAAGAAGGGUGGUUAUGGAGAGCAGGAGAAAUUGGUGUAAGAUGUUGUCUUAAUGGCCUCAGCGAGCAUAGCGUGGAGAGCACGGGCGGCGUUCAUUGGGGUAUCGACUGGCUUUCAUAUGCAAGGAUUCUAGGUUGGAACAUACUGCAAUGACUAUUGCUCGCCUACCUGGAAAGCGAGGGAUACUAUGGCCAUGGCACCAAACUUCAGGUAGUUGGUGAGCUGUAAUGUUGCAUACUUUGCCAUCUAUAGCCCCGCUGAACAGUCUCAGAUUCGAUCUCACUCCUCAAUGACAAGCACUUCGACACGUGGACAGCCAAGAAUAUGCACUUUGAAUCAAAC